CACAAGUUAAGGUACAUUGUCGUGACUCGUGAGAUAAACCUGAACUACAAUGAAGGCUGAUAGCUGUAAAUUAUCGGAGAGUAGGAAUAUUCACUGUGCCCUUCUCGGCGACGGUCUUAUUGGGAAGACAACCCUCUUCCGGACGUAUAUAAGUAAAAAGUUUAGAAAGGAUUAUGUGGCUACGAUGCUGGACAAAUAUACAGUGCGCAUGGCAGUUGGCGGAAAGGAAUUCAUGGUGAAUAUCUUCGACACACCUGGACAGGAUGACUUUGUGCACGAGCGAGUGAUCACGUACAAAGAAAGCGAGGUGUUUGUACUGUGUUUCUCGACAUGCGACCGGGAGUCUUUCUUGAGAGUACAGGAUCUUCUCCUCCCAGAGAUUAAAGAAUUUACCGACAGAAAGGUUCCAAUCAUCCUAGUCGGAACGCAGACAGAUCUCAGGAAAGGAACUAGAGAAAGCGAUAUCACAACGAGAGAAGGCGCGAGGUUGGCUAAAGAGAUUGGGGCUGAUUGCUAUUUGGAAUGUUCCGCGAAGAAACAGCAGGGCCUGAAGGAAGUGUUUGAUCAUGUCGUCAUUUCCGCUUUGAAGGACCGGAAGAGGAAGGGAAACAUCUUGCGCAGACUCUUUAAGAAAUGACUCUGAUCGCUCAGGAUCGGAAUAACCCGAAUCUCAAAUCUCGCGAGAACAUGUGUUCACAUGAGAUGUCUGUCUCGUUACCCAAAUACGAGAAUCGUCUUCCAUUCCUCAUUGGAAGUUACCGUCCUUAAAAAUCUUGCUUUUCGCAACAAGAUGUCACGGACAUGAGUUGUCCCACAAGACAACUGUCUAAAGCCGGACCUACUCUUCUGAUGAAACGGUUACCGCCCCUUACAGCUUCGGGCGAUGCCAAAACUUACAUCCGCCAGUGACGUAAACGUACGCUGCGCGGAGCUCACCAGGACAUGCCAUGAGAGGAGUUAUUUCAUUACAUCAUGGCUGCUAUCGGUGACAGGCUGAUAAGAAAGGUGGACAGUAGAGUGAUGGAAAUGCUUAUCAACCACAUGGUCCUUUAAGCAAAAUCACCAUGUUGUCAACCUCGCACAAUGCUUACGUCACGAGGUAUUUGACCUAUGUACCUGUCAAUCUGUGAACAUUUUCCUCAUAACUUAUGUUUAUUAUUUCGCCUUUUCGAUGGUAAACAUUUUGAUGUUUGAGUUGUAAAAUGAUACCAUUAUAACAGCAUUGAAUAACAAGCAUUUGACUUUUUUUCAUAUUGUAUUUGGAAUAAAAAACUUAGUGGUCCUUCAAGCAAAAUCACCAUGUUGUCAACCUCGCACAAUGCUUACGUCACGAGGUAUUUGACCUAUGCACCUUUCAAUCUGUGAACAUUUUCUUCAUAUCUUAUGUUUAUUAUUUCGCCUUUUUGAUGGUAAACAUUUUGAUGUUUGAGUUGUAAAAUGAUACCGUUAUAACAGCAUUGAAUAACAAGCAUUUGACUUUUUUUUUCAUAUUGAAUUUGGAACAUAAUUUUAUUAACGUAUUUGCGUUUUCACAAACAUGGAAUGCUAUAAUUUCCUGAAGCAGUUAGUACAAUAAUCUAAAAAUACAUCUGUGUUCACCUUUGGUUUAAUCUAUGGUCGUAAUAAGUAGAUUCGGAAAUCUUAUAAUCCGCUUCCGAAACUGGUAAUCCAAAUCGGAUGUAUUGUUAGGGUCACUAAAUCCAAAGGGUUCACCAGAUAAUCAGGCUUAAACAAUGAACAAUAAUUAUAUAAGCUUAAUCGAAUCCGUGUUCUAUUUAUAGUUGUAUGGUACACACUGGUAAACACGUGAUCUGCAAACAUAAAGACUGUGAUCUCGUAAUUUCGUGGUCUUCACGAAUGUGAAGUCACUUGAUACUUCACUGAUGUUUGAGACCGGACAACGUACUUUCAUGAAACUAUAUUGAUUGUAAUAUGUAGCUCUUUCUAAUAUGUCAGUUUAUGGAAGUGUCAGUAAUUUAAAUUUUGUCCACGGACUAUGUAACCAGUAGUGCAUGUGUACCCUAUCUUGAUAGCAUGUGCAAUAUAUAUUUUGUAGUAUUUACAUUGGCUGCUGGUCGGCCCCACAGAGGAAAAAAUAUCUGGAAAAUAAAGAAAAAUAUUCGUA